CACCAUGGUUGUUUUGGUAUCCGCUAAUGUAGCAGUCAGCUGUCAAAAAGGAGGUGAUAAACUUUAACUAGCCAGUUUUGUGCACUGGAUUAAGGACGCACGUCAGUAUCGUCUUUACUAUGUCCUGUCCAAGUUGAUGAAACGAACCGUACUUCGAGUUACAGACAGAUAUUUAGUUAUUUUGGGGAGUUGUGUUAGCUGGUGGUUAGCUAGCCUGUUAGCUGGCUGUCACUCUGUCAACAAGUUGUGUUCAGGAUGGACUGCACGGCGCUGGAGCUCGAUGCUGUCAAAUUUGCCAAAACAGCUGUCACCUAUGACCAGAGCGGCAAAUACAACGAGGCUGUGUUUUAUUAUAAGGAAGCAGCCCAGGCCCUGAUAUAUGCUGGCAUGGCGGGGUCCAAACUGGAGGGGAUCCAGGAGAAAGUGAAUGAGUACUUGGAUCGAGUUCAAGCCCUCCACAAUGCUGUCCAGAAGAGCGACCCGCUGAAGUCCCGGCAGCAGGUGGACCUGGAGCGUGCACAUUUCCUGGUCACCCAGGCCUUCGAGGAAGACGAGAAGGGAAAUUAUGACGAAGCCAUUGAGCUGUACUCUCAGGCUGUGGAGCUGUGCAUUGACACGUCCAACCAGACAUCGGACCAGGCGCUGCAGACCAAGCUGAAGCAGCUGGCACGUCAAGCUUUAGACAGGGCGGAGGGUCUCAAAGAAUCCCAGUCCAGAUCAACUCCAACUCAGGACAGGACGGGGCCUCCUGGAGCCAAGCCCAGCAGUGGGGCCAGCUCUGGGGGACCAGUCCGCCAGUACUUCCCUCUCGGGCCAGACUUCAGCCUCCAUGACCGACCACAGCCCCAGCCGAUACGAGCAGUCCAGUCCAGCGAGCCCCAGGGUCAGCGCUACACGUCUGAGGAGAUCGAGGUGCUCAGGAGUACAUCUACAAUCAAUGGCAUAGCCUACGUGCCCUUCAUGAGUGUGGACCUGAGGGAGCGAUUUGCCUUUCCUGUCCCUUUCUCGGACAAAACAGGGAAACUGGCACUGUCUCCCAAACAGAAAGCCAUCUUCUCCCGCUGGGUCCGGCCAGACGAGAUCUGCAAUAACCCCACCAUGAUCAUGUCUGUGUCCAGCUUCAGCAUCAAACAGACGGUGGUGUCUGACUGUUCGUUUGUGGCGUCGCUGGCCAUCAGUGCGGCCUAUGAGAGACGCUACAACAAGAAACUCAUUACCAGCGUCAUCUACCCUCAGAACAGACGAGGAGAACCAGAGUAUAACCCGUGUGGGAAGUACAUGGUCAAGCUUCACAUUAACGGAGUUCCCAGGAAGGUGAUCAUAGACGACUACCUGCCAGUGGAUCGUAACGGAGAGCUGCUAUGCUCCUACUCCAGCAACAGGAAUGAGCUGUGGGUCUCCCUGAUAGAGAAGGCCUACAUGAAGGUGAUGGGAGGCUACGACUUCCCUGGCUCCAACUCGAACAUUGAUCUGCACGCGCUCACCGGCUGGAUCCCCGAGCGCAUCGCUAUGCACUCAGACAAUCAGUCGUUCAGCAAGGACGACACUUUCCGUAUGCUCUUCCAGAGGUUUCACAGGGGUGACGUCCUCAUUACCACGGCAACGGGGGUGAUGACAGAGGAAGAAGGGGAGAGAUGGGGCUUAGUCCCAACACACGCCUAUGCUGUUCUUGACAUCAGGGAACAUAAGGGAAUGCGUUUCCUGCAGCUGAAGAAUCCGUGGAGUCAUCUGCGGUGGAAGGGACGUUACAGCGAGCGGGAUGAGAAGAACUGGACACCUGACCUCCUCAAGUACCUCAACUUUGACCCCAAAACAGCACAGAAGUUUGACAAUGGUGUUUUCUGGAUCGCAUGGGAGGACCUUUGUCAGUACUAUGAUGUCAUCUACCUGAGCUGGAACCCUGCCCUGUUCAAAGACUCCUCCUGUAUUCACAGUAGCUGGGAUGGGAAGCAAGGUCCAGUGAAGGACGUCUACAGUCUGGCCAACAACCCACAGUACAAGCUGGAGGUCCAGUGUCCAACAGGGGGAGCAGCUGUGUGGGUGCUGCUCACCAGACACAUCACUGACAAGGACGAUUUUGCACAGAACAGAGAGUUUAUCACUCUCGUCGUUUACAAGACAGAUGGGAAGAAAGUCUACUACCCAGCGGAUCCCCCUCCUUACAUCGACGGCAUCCGUAUCAACAGCCCACACUACCUGACCAAGAUGAGGCUGACCAGCGCAGGGACACACACCUUCACACUGGUGGUUUCCCAGUAUGAGAAACAGAACACCAUCAACUACACACUGCGGGUGUACUCUGGAUGCAAAUUCACCUUCUCCAAGAUCCCAAAUCCCUUCACUCAAACCAAAAGGAUCAACGGCCAGUGGAAGGGCCCCAGUGCUGGAGGUUGUGGGAACUAUAAGGAUUCAUACAAACACAACCCCAUCUAUCAGAUCAACCUGGAGCGAGCAGGACCGCUGCUCGUCGAGCUCCGAGGAUCCAGGCAGUACAGUGUCGGCUUUGAGAUGGUGACCGUGUCGACGGUGGGGGAUCCAGGCCCGGCUGCCUUCCAGAAAAAGAGCAGUGGAGAUUACAGAUGUGGCUUCUGCUACAUGGAGGUGGAGCACGUCCCAGCAGGCAUCUACAACGUCAUCCCCACCACCUUCUUGCCCAAACAGGAAGGACCCUUCUUCCUGGACUUUGCCAGCACCUUGCCCAUCAAGGUCUCUCAGCUCCAAUGAAGAUGGAGCUGGAGAGAGGACCGGGCAGGGAGACUGGGAGAGAGUGUCACUGGAACUGUACUUUGGAUGUGAUGAGGUACCAAUGAAACACAAAGGCGCCCAGAAUGUGUCACAGCGUCUCCCCAGCUCCUCUCACUGAGACCUUUGCUGAGGACAGACUGUGACCAAACCACACAGUUCAGUGAAGGAAUAAUUUAUUAGUAAGGAAUCAGCAGGAGGAACCUCAGUGUGGAAUAAAACCCGUCAACAGUUGAGAUGUUUUGGGACAAAAUAAAAUAUGCUUACAUCAGAAAUUACACAGUGAUAGUGACAGAGAGCAGUCGUACUUCCAUUUGCCAUAAGAAGAUCGACACAGAAUCUAUGGAGCAGCGGUGUCGUUGCUCUGAUCAGACUGUUAAAUCUGUUGGAUCUCAUGAGAUAACAGUGAUCAUGUGACCACUUCCUGGACUCGACAGGAUGAGGAGAAGUAAUGGGCUUGAAAUGAUCACCAGCCAAGGCUGCAUGAGAGCAGCAAAGUCUUUUCAGGUUCUGUUUUGCUGCAGUGAGCACCUCAACAGUCCACAAAUGCGUUCUGAGUUUUUGAUCCUGGGUGGAUUUUUUUAAGUUAAGGCAUAUGUCAUUUUUCAGUAAGUUCCUUAGAGAGCUAGGAGAGCAUCUGUCCUCACUCUUUCAUGGCUCGGGACCUGUGAUUACAGUGGUACAGUAUCUAUAUUCUGCAGUGAGCAGCGAUGUCUCAGACAACAGUGUUCUUCCAACUUUGUGGCAACCAGCUCCAUAAAGAAAUAAAGACUUCACUGAUGCUCAUGGGGUCAAUGGGAGUAAAGGCCUUUGCACACCAAGUCCGUAUUUUUCGUAGGCUUUUAAAAUUUGUCGUCUGAUAAAAAUGGUUACGCGCAGAAACCUGCACAUUGAAUUAGUCCAUUGUGUUUCAUUGUUCUCUCUCUCUUGCUGCAGAUCCUUAAAAAGUCUAAAGCCCAGUUCAGACCAAAGAUUUGCGACAAGAUGAAACUGCUUUAGAACGUUGCAGAGAAAAGAUGCAGCGGUGUGAACUGGCCGUCUGAGCUCGACUGAAGCCGGCUGAUGGUGACACCUGCAACUCAGAUGGACAAAUUGUGGGCGGCUGGUUUUAGAACGUAAAGCUCAUCGCCUGCUUCUACAGCCGAUCGGCUUGUAGUGAAGUCCACUGGUCCGGUGUCGGGAUGGUGGGUCACUGCUGCUGCUGGCUGUAUGUGCUUAUGCUUAUUUUGAUGUAUUGAUUAUGAAUACAG